GACUACCCCACCCACACCAAAAGUCUCAGCGAAUGUUCAGAACUUCAGAAGAUCUACCUGUUCAAUAACAAAUUAUCUGGAAUCAUCCCAGACGGGUUAGGUACACUCUCCAACCUAUCAGUUUUAUUUCUCGCCAACAACAAUCUAACUGGCGGUGUUCCUCUUUCACUCGGGAGCAAUUCAUUUAUCAGGACUGUCAUUCUCAUAAACAACACGCUAACCGGAGGCAUCCCACCUCUCCUUGCAAACAGUUCAUCACUUCAAUUGCUAGAUUUAACAAACAAUCAUCUCAGUGGGGAGAUUCCUUCUGCUCUUUUUAAUAGCUCAUCAAUUGUAAUAUUAGCCCUUGGGGUUAAUAACUUCGUUGGAUCUAUCCCGCCACUUGUGCAUACCUCGUCACCACUAGAGAUUCUAAUCCUAUCAGAAAACAAUCUCUCAGGUAGCAUACCUACCUCUCUAGGAAACUUUUCCUCUCUGACAUGGCUUUUGCUUUCGCAGAACAGCAUCAAAGGAGCCAUUCCAUCGAGUUUAAGCAUUAUUCCUACAAUAGAACAAUUAGACCUGAGUUUCAACAACCUGUCUGGGGACUGUUCCAGCUUCUCUUUACAACAUAACAACGCUGACAUACCUUAACAUGGGCAUGAAUAGCCUCAUUGGGGAAAUUCCAAAUAACAUAGGACAUACCCUACCAAAUAUUCAAACACUGAUUUUGCAAGGAAAUAAACUUAGAGGUCAAAUCCCCGCAUCCCUAGCCCUCGCAGCAAAUAUUCAAGUGAUAAAUCUCUGUGACAAUGCAUUCAGUGGAAUUGUUCCCUCCUUUAGGAACCUUCCCUACCUUACUGAACUGAAUCUAGGGAUAAAUCAACUCGAAGCCGGAGAUUGGUCUUUCUUAUCCUCAUUGAGAAAUUGCGACCAGUUGGUUUACCUAUGCCUAGGCAGGAACAUCCUUAAAGGAACACUACCAAGUUCCAUUGGGGACCUUCCAAGGAGUUUACAAGUAUUAUUGUUAACAGCAAAUAAAAUAUCUGGAGCCAUACCAAAGGAGAUUGAGCAACUCAAAAACCUUACACUUCUUUACAUGGAACAUCAUUUACUUACUGGAAAUCUACCAGACUCAAUUGGAAACCUUCCAAACUUGUUUGUCCUUAGCUUAUCCCAAAACAAACUUUCUGGACAAGUACCUCUGUCCAUUGGUAAUCUCAGUCAACUCAGUGAGCUUAACUUACACGAAAAUAAUUUCAGUGGUUCAAAUCCCAAAAGCUUUAGGAUACUGCAAACAUUUGGAAGCACUGAACCUCUCCCAUAAUAGCUUCAGUGGUAGCAUACCGAAGGAGCACUUUACUCUUACCUCGCUUGCGGAAGGUUUUGAUUUGUGUCACAACAAACUGUCUGGAGAAAUACCACUGGAGAUUGCCGGCUUGAUAAACCUCAAGUCCCUGAAUAUUUCCUAUAACCAGUUGAGUGGAAUAAUCCCCUAAACUCUGGGACAUUGCAUGCACUUGGAGUCCAUCCACAUGGAAGGGAACCUUCUACAUGGGACAAUCCCUGAAUCUUUCACUAACUUAAGAGGCGUCAGUGAGAUGGAUCUUUCUCUCAAUAAUCUGUCUGGUGAAAUCCCUGAAUUCUUUGAGUCCUUCACAUCUAUGAAGCUUCUGAAUUUGUCAUUCAACAACCUUGAGGGACCAGUACCAACAGGUGGGAUAUUUCAGAACACAGGAGUGGUGUUUAUUCAAGGUAAUAAGUUGCUAUGCGCCAGCAUCCCUUUGCUACAGCUGCCACAGUGCAAUACAGAGGCAUCCAAAAAAUGGCAAGCCUCUGUUAUUCUGAAGAUAGUAGGAUUUACUGCUCUUUGUUUGGUCUUGCUAUCAUGGUUUGCCGUUGUUCUUUUGAAGAAGAGAAAGAAAGUUACACAAUCAUCUCAUCCAUCCUCCAAGGAGUUGAUGCAGUGCUCAUACCCUGAUUUAGUCAAAGCUACAAAUGAUUUCUCUUUAGCCAACUUGGUUGGCUCAGGAAAAUCUGGAUCAGUCUACAAAGGUAGAUUUGAGUUUGAAGAACAUACAGUUGCAAUCAAGGUUUUCAAACUUGACCAACUUGGCAUACCAAAGAGCUUCAUUGCUGAGUGCAAGACAUUGAGGAACACUCGCCAUCGUAAUCUUCUAAGGGUGAUAACUGCAUGCUCAACAUUUGAUACAAUAGGAAAUGAGUUCAAAGCUCUCAUUCUUGAAUAUAUGCCUAAUGGUAGCCUAGAGGGCUGGCUCUAUCCUAAUCUGGACAAGUAUGGAUUGAAAAGACCAUUGAGUUUGGGCUCCAGAAUAACAAUAGUCACGGACAUAGCUUCUGCUUUGGAUUAUCUGCACAAUCAUUGUGUGCCCCCUGUGGUCCAUUGUGAUUUAAAGCCCAGCAAUAUCCUUCUUGAUGAUGUCAUGGGUGCACGUCUUGCUGACUUCGGGUUAGCUAAGUUUAUUCUUAGCUUUAGUCAUUCAUGCCAUCAUAGUUCUACAAGCUUAUUGGGACCAAGAGGAUCAAUUGGAUACAUUGCACCAGAGUACGGCUUCGGGAGCAAACUCUCAACUGAAGGCAAUGUCUACAGCUAUGGAAUUAUCAUCUUAGAAAUUCUCACAGGGAAGCAUCCAACAGAUGGGAUGUUUACUAAUGGUUUGAACCUUCACAAGUAUGUGGAAAAGGCAUUCCCUCAAAAGAUUGCUGAAGUUCUAGAUCCUUGUAUUGUCCCAAGUUCUGAAGAUGGUGAUGCGGACAACAUUUUGACCAUGGAAAUAAUGCAACAGAUGGGGUGGAUAGCUGCAUCUUGCAUCUCGUUAAACUCGGUCUUUUGUGCUCUAUGGAGACACCAAAUGAUCGACCAACAAUGCAGGAUGUUUAUGCUGAAGCCAUCACAAUCAAAGAAGCAUUUGCAGUGCUACAUGGUUGAGCAAAAAGUACUGUUAUUUUUGUUGUUCACAUACUAGUAGAGCAUAAUGGGCUUAAGAAUCAUUUACUUUGUGGUUGUGGGUCAGGUCUUCCAUUUCGCUACUGUGUUUGUGUUUGUCAUGUAUCAGAACUAUUAAACAAGUAAUGAAAUAAAGUUCGCCACAGGAACUACAUUACCUUUGUUUUUGUUACAUUGUCUAAUUGAUGCAAGUUCCGUAAUAGCAUUCUACUACUUUGACACCCAGUUGAGCGCAACAAUAUAGAAACUAGUCAGAAUCGUGCAAGGCCAAAUUAUUUUUGAUGAAAUAUGGAUUUCUCCUCGGUAAAAAAAAUGGGAGGAUAAUUGGGUCUCUAUAUUUUGUAAUAACGAGGAAAAAAUAUUUUUUUAAUCGUGACAGUUUAUACAAAAUAGGGUCAAGAGGGCCUGCUAGACGUACCUCUUGCUUCAAUCAACGGGCAAAGGUCUGAUUCUCAGUUCAAGUGUCCAACAUAAAACCAUAGACCAAAUUACCAACUGUACUAAUUAUUCAGAUAAGAGUAAUAGGCCCAAACAAUCGAUAAGCCGCGGAAUUGAAGAAUGCAAAAUUCCACAGGGAGAGGGCUCGUGAGCUGCAAGAAGGGAGGUGACUUACUGGCCACAUGGCACCCAGCCCGGCGGCCGGUGCUAAUCGUGUGCACGAGGUUACUCAAAAAUCCUCAUCUGGUUUAUCAACAUCGUGCCUUCGUUCCGCAGGUCGUUGGCUCCCAGAACCAGGGACCCAAGGCGGGGGGUAGCAAUGUAGGACGCGCCGCCAAGGCUCCAACGACAGCUGCUGCACCUCCGUCCUCCGCCCGACGGCCUGCGCCGCCGCUCGCCGCUGCCUCGUUGGCUCGUUGGCGUUGCAGCCGUUGUGGGUCGGCGAUGUGCGGAGGAGUCUUUUGAGUGGUGGUGAUGUUUUUCGGCCCUAGGGAAUAAAUGGGCAUUGAAGGGCCUUCUAUGGUCUUUAGCGUGCACCAAGGUCGAAUUGACUUCUGACAUUUACUUUGUAUUUAUUU